AUGAGCGUGCAGGGCACGCAGGUGAAGCAGCCCAUGACGUCCCGCAGGUCCAGCUCCAGGCCGGACCUCACCAUGGCCGGCUACAGCAGCGGGAACGGCUACUCGGGCGACCUGAGCGAGAGCUACGUCCAGCACAGCUACACCACCAGGAGCUCGGCGGGGGCAGCAGGAAUGGGCAGCAUGUCGAUGUCGUCUGGGUCUGGUCAGAAGAGGGCUCAGAUACUGUAUAACCACUGCAGGCAGAAACUCGAGACGGCGCAGCACAUCCUCGACAUGAACGGUCCACUGUCUGAGUUUGAUAAUGUCAUGAUUUUGGCUUCAGAAGAUAUUAAACAGCUGAAAAUCUACGCCAUGGAGAUGAAAAACCUUGGCCUGCCCAACGACUGGAUCCUCAAAAGUGCAGACGAGUGUUCGGGGCUACACAAUAUGAUUAUGAGCUCGGUUGGAGGAACCACUCGGAGGAAGCGCAGCAGCGUGAGCCGAGAAGAUCCAGGCAGGAACUUCCAUGACGCCAUGGCCUGGAUCAUGCAGAAGAAGCGCCUCAUCGAGACGUCCCCGUUUGGAGAUGAUGCUGCUUCCAUCGAGCAGCAGAUCAUGAACCAUAAUAAGUUCCACAGCUCCAUCCAGAGGAGCACCGAGUUCCAGAGAGCCAGAGACGAGCUGAUGCAGAAAGGAGAUAAAUCUUCUCUUCACAAUGUGGAACAGGAGUGGGACUCGCUGCAGAAACUGUCCUACGCCCGUAUGGGCCAGCUGCGAGACCUGCAGAGCAUCAUUGAGGAGAUCUCCACGGCCAUCAUGUGGGUGAACGACAGGGAGGAGGAGGAGCUGGUGUUCGACUGGGGAGAUAAAAACAUAGACGACUACAUCCCCAAAAAGCAGGAGAGCUACUCGCGGCUGAUGAGGGAUUUGGAGGAGAAGGAAAAAGAUCUGAACAAGCUGAAGACCAAAGUGGACCAGCUGCUGAAGAACCAGCACCCAGCCUCUGAUAAGAUAGAGGCCUACAUGGACACCCUGCAGACUCAGUGGAGUUGGCUACUCCAGAUCACCAAGUGCAUCCAGGUCCAUCUGAAAGAGAACGCCGCCUACAGUCAGUUCUUUAAGGAGGCGAAUGAGACGUACACCAAACUGCAGAAAGAUCACGAGAACAUCCGAAAGAAGUUUACCUGUGAUAAAGAGACGCCACUGGAGAACCUGACUGACCUGCUGAAGAACCUGGAGAAAGAGAAGGAGCGUCUGAUGGAGAACAAGCGGCAGGUCCAGACGCUGGUCAACAAGUCUAAGAGCAUCGUCCGUCUGAAGCCUCGGUACCCAGAGGAGAAGAGCAGCAGUUCGGUCAUCGUGAAGGCGCUGUGUGACUUCAAACAGGACCAGAAGGGAAUCUUGAAGGAUAACGAGGCCAUCCUGAAGGACAACUCCCAGCGCAGCAAGUGGCAUGUGACCGGACCUGGAGGACUGGACAUGCUGGUUCCCUCAGUGUGUUUAAUCGUCCCCCCACCAAACCCUCUCAGCAUCAACCUGGCCACCAAGAAUGAACAGUACUACGAGGCCAUCAUGUCUAUAUGGAACCAGCUGUUCAUUAACAUUAAGAGCCUGAUCUCCUGGCAGUACUGCAUUAAGGACAUCAAGUACAUCAAGUCCCUGACGCUCAGCAUGCUCUCUCAGAUGAAGCCAGAGGAGUACAGGAACAUCAUCAAGAACCUGGAGCUCCACUAUCAGGAGUUCCUGCGCCUCAGCCACGGCUCCGACAUGUUCGGCGUGGAGGACAAGGCCAAGAUAGAGGCGGAGUACUCUGGAGCUCAGAGCCACUACGAGGUCCUGCUCACCAAACUGCCCAACAUCACUGUGGUGGACGCAGUGCCUCCACAAGUGGUGACGGUGACCACAGUUACAGCUGAACCCCCGAUAAUAACACCCAGACCCAACCUGAAUGUGACUCCAGGAGCAGGACACUCGUCCUCGAGCGGCCAAACCUCCUCCACCCUCAGCCUGAACCUCCUCACACAAAUACACACACUCCGCCGCAGGCUGGAGGCGGCAGAAACCGGCCUGAGCCAACAUCUGCACAUCCCUCUGAAGGACAACAGUGUUCAGGAGUGCUCUCAGAGACUGCAGCUGCUGCAGGGUGUUCACCGUGAUCUGGACUCUAUCCGGGACGAGUACCUGAGGGUGAGGGAGAUGGUGGUGAGGCAGCUGGAGGGAGCCGGAGACCCUGAACAGGCCAAGUUCCUGCGCUCUGAACUGGACCUCAUCAACCAGAAGCUGGGCAGCCUGCAGGGCUUCUCGGCCGCAUACCUGCAGAGGCUGACCGCUCUGAGGGCUCUCCUGCAGUCGCUGACCCGUGCGGAGGACAUCAUCAAGGUCCACGAGGCUCGGCUAACGGAGAAGGAGACGAGUUCUGUGGAUCCGGCUCAGCUGCAGGAGUACUGCAGCACGCUGAAGGUGAUGAAAGGUGACCUGGAGCAGAAGGAGGAUGUUCUGACCUCUCUGGAGUCCGAGCUGGCUAAGGCCAUUCACUGGAACAGUCAGAUAGAUCAGAGCUUCCAUCAGUGUGAUGUGGAUUUGGCCAAGUACGCUGAGCUGGUGGGGCAGAUGAGUGACCGCUGGCGCCGGAUACUGACCCAGAUCAACAGCAGGAUGUGGGACCUUGAGAAGCAAGAGAAGCAGCUGACGCACUACCAACAAACCAGCACUCAGCUCAGCCAGUGGAUCGAUAACACGCGCCAACGUCUGGACGGCCUGCAGACCGCAAAGUUCACCAGUGUCCAGAGCCUCAUGGACCAGCUCAACCAGCAGAAGGCGCUGCACUCUGAGAUUAAAGUGAAGAAGGAGAAGGUGGAGGAUGUUCAGAAGGACGCCAGCACGUGUGCUGCAUCCAUAAAGGACUAUGAGCUGCAGCUGGCAUCCUACAGCGCUGGCCUGGAGACCCUGCUGAACAUUCCCAUCAAGAGAACCAUGCUGCAGUCUCCAGCCACCGAACUCAGUCAGGAGGCAGCUGAUCUUCAGUCCCGCUACAUCGAGCUGCUGACCCGCUCCAGUGAUUACUACAAGUUCCUCGGCGAGAUGUUGAAGAAUAUGGAGGAGCUAAAGAUGCGAAACACUAGAAUUGAGCUUUUGGAAGAGGAGCUCAGGCGCCUAAAAGAAGACCUCCAAGAACGCUCCCAGAAGAACAAGUCACUCGAGGACACCUUGGCCCGCUACCAGCUGGAGCUUUCCCACUCUAAAGAGCAGCUGAUAACUAUGGAGGAGGUGAAGAGUACCGAGGCCAUUAGGCAUCACGCCACUAAGGAAAACCUUGACACCACCCAGAACCAGCUGAGAGACCUAAAUGAGCAGGUGGCACGUCUCACGUUGCUCAUUGAUGAGGAGAAACGCAAGCGGAGGCUCGCAGAGGAGCGUUACACUAGCCAACAGACAGAGUAUGAAACCGCCAUCCGCAAAAGACAGAAGGAGCUCGAUGAACUCAACUGGUCCAAGAUUGAUUUUGAGAAAGCCAUCAAAGACAAAGAGCGGGAGAUUGAGCGACUGAAGAUGCAACUGGAGGAUGAGGCCUCUCGGCGCCGGGCAGCAGAAUCUGAGACCUCUAAGGUAAGAAACCAGUACAACCAGGAAAUCAGUAGCCUAAAACAAACAUAUGAGUCUGAGAUCCACAUCACCAAGACCAGCGUGCUCAAGGCCACACAGCAGAAGGAAGACGACACUGCUGCCCUGAAGCUGCAGCUGGAGAGGCUCUUGGAUGAGAAAAGGGAUGUCGAAGAGGAGCUCAGGAGGCUUCGAGUCUCCAUCAGUCAGACAGAAGAAGCCAGGCAGAGAGCAGAGAAUGACGCACAUCAGCAGAAGUCAUCUGUUACAGAGGAGACCAGGAGGAGAAAGGAACUGGAUGUACAGGUUCAAACCAUCACACGACAAAGGACUGAGCUUGAGGCAAGAUACAAGGAAGAACUUGCACAGGCCAACGCUGGUGCUCAGGAGAAGAUACGCCAGAUUGCCCUGCUAAAACAGAACCUGGAGGAUGAAACCCGGCAGAGAAAAGCUCUAGAAGUAGAGAACCAAAACCUCAGGCAAUCCAAAGCGGAACUGCAUGCCAAGCACACAUCCUCUUUGGAUGUCAUCAAUAAGCUGAAGUUAACUGAGCAGGAGACAACCCUUGUACGUGUUGAGCUGGAGAAGCUAACCAGUGAAAAGGGCAAGAUGGAACAGAAUGCUUCUAGGCUGCAGAGUCGCAUCAGAGAGCUGCAAGCCAUGGUAGACAGCCUAGAGGCUGAGCUGGAGAAAGAAAAGAAGAGCACCCAGGAUGAACUCACAAGGAGAAAGAGGAUAGAGGCAGAGCUAGAGAGAGUGAAUCAAACGUGCAAAGAGUACACAACAACCAUUAACACUCUCCGUAUUCAUAAGGAAGAGGAGAGUGCCACGGGCCGAAGGUAUGAACAGGACCUCCGUCGUGUCCAGGAGGAGCUGGACAGGAGCCUGAGGGAGCAAAAAGCAACAUCAGAGAAUCUUGCCAAGCUGACGGCUGAGCUGAAGGCACUGCAGCAGCAGCUGCUUCAGGAGCAGGCCCGUGUACGAGAGGUCAACCUACGCAAUGAGACCCUGUACAAGACCAUUGAAGAGAAAAGCCGGUUGCUAAAUGAUAGUACCAGUGAGGUUGAGAAGCUUCAGAGCCUCACUCAGAAUCUCACCAAAGAACGUCUGAAGCUGGAGGAGGAGCUGCGAGGAGUACGUCAGGAGCGGGAUGACUUGAAGAGCAGCUGGAACAGCACUGAAAGUGAACAUACCAGCCAACUGUCAACCAUACAGAUCCAACUGCAGGAUGCCAGUAGAAGAGGGCUGGAAUACCAGGCUCAGAUUAAUGUGCUGACAAAAGAGAGGGAAAAUUUAAAGGCGGAAAUAGCCAAAACCCAAAAGCAAUAUGCGGAGACAUCUCUGAUGAUGCAUGAGUCUCAGACUCGCUAUAACGAGAUCUUGCAAGAGAGAGAUGGUCUUCUGGCCAAGCUCAAGCUGCUGGAGAUGGACAAAGGGAAGCAGCAACGCUAUGAGGAAGAGCUGAGUCGCAUCAAGGUCUCUCUGGAAUCAGAGCUACGUCAAAAACAGCGCCUCCAGGACGAAAUGGACAAGAUCCGCAAGGAUUUCAACUACUGGAAAAGCCAGUAUGAGAUAAAGGAUGGUCAGGUUAGACAGUGUGAGGCAGAUAAAGACAAGGCAGAGAGAGACAGAGCUUCCCUGCGUAGCGAGAUUGCAAGACUGACUGCUGAGCUGAGGAGCGUGGAGGAGCGAUACCGCACUCGCCUGCAGAGCUCAGAGUCCGAGGUAUCUGAGCUCACCCGCAAGAGGGAGGCCUUAGAAAGGGAGCUGAUGAAGCUACGACAACGUCCAGAUGCCUACUCUAGGCAAACUCAGACAGAUGAGAAAGUGACAACAAUUGACCCAUCAAAGCUUCUUUUCGAUGGCGUUCGUCGAAAGGUCACUGCUCACCAGCUUUGCGACUGUGGUAUUAUUGACAAAGCUACACUUGAUAAACUACUGAAUGGCCAAAAAACUGUGGAAGAAGUUGCAGUGGAUAUUCAGCUCAAUCUUAAAGGUACAGGGAUCAUUGCAGGUGUGGCUCAAGGCUCCCAGAACAGGCUUCCCCUCACAGAGGCCAGAAGUAAGAAGCUGCUAAGUCCAGAGAGUGCCAUAAUGCUGCUGGAAGCCCAAGCUGCUACAGGGCACAUAAUUGAUCCAAAGUUUAAUGAGAAAAUGUCAGUGGAUGCAGCCUGUUCAAGAGGUGUUGUUGACACACAGGAUAGGGAUGCCCUGAUCACUGCUGAAGCAGCUUGCAUAGGCUUCAAAGAUCCAUUUACAGGCAAACUCCUAUCUGUUGGACAGGCAUGCAAAAAAGGACGACUUGACAAAGAGACAGCACUUCGCUUACUUCAGGCUCAAGAAGCAGUGGGAGGCAUAAUUGACCCUGUCCUGAGUGUUUUCCUGCCUAAAGAUACUGCCCUGGAUCGCAGCUUGAUCGAUGAGGACCUUUACCGUGCACUGAACAAAAAGCCAACCUGUUAUAUUGAUCCGGCAAAUGGAGAGAAGAUAACCUACAUUGAACUGAGAAAGAAGUGCAUCACAGAACCUGCAGCAGGUCUUCUACUUCUUCGUGCAAAUGAUAAGUCAACAACUGUCCAGGGCAUUCGUGGCCAGGUCCCAUUGAGUGAGCUUGUCAAAUCAAAGUUGAUCACCGAGAGCGAUUUGGAGAAAGUAAACCAAGGUCUACUCAGUACUAAAGAUAUUGAGAAUAGGCUUAAGUCAUACCUUGGUGGCUCCAGCUGCAUUGCUGGCAUUUAUGAUGAGGCCCAUGAUAGAGUGUUGCCAUUCUACCAGGCCAUGAAAGAAGGCCUUCUCCGUCCAGGGACCACACUGGAGCUCCUGGAAGCCCAGGCUGCGUCUGGAUUCAUGAUUGAUCCAGUUAACAAUGUAUGCAUGACAGUGGAAGAAGCAUGGAAGAGAAGCCUAGUGGGUAAAGAGUUUAAAGACAAACUGAUGUCUGCAGAGAGGGCCGUCACUGGAUACAAAGAUCCCCAUACAGGGAAGCUCAUUUCACUCUUUCAAGCAAUUGAGAAAGAGCUAAUUGAAAAGGGUCAUGGCAUCAGGCUUUUGGAGGCCCAGAUUGCAAGUGGUGGCAUCAUAGAUCCUAUAGAGAGCCAUCGCAUUGACGUGGAAAUGGCUUACAAGAGAGGUUACUUUGACCAUGAGAUGAAUGACAUUCUGACAUAUGAAGGUGAUGAUACGAAGGGCUUCUUUGACCCCAACACUCAUGAAAACCUGACCUAUCUUCAGCUGAAAAAGAGAUGUAUUACAGAUCCUAAGACAGGUCUUAUCCUGUUACCACUGCAUGACAAGAAGAAGGCAAAACAGCAGACAACCCAGAAGAACACCCUUCGCAAGAGGAGAGUAGUGAUCGUAGACCCCGACACGGGCAAAGAGAUGUCAGUACGUGAGGCUUACCACAGAGAGCUGAUCGACUACGACACUUUUCUGGAUCUUUCAGAACAAGAGUGUGAGUGGGAGGAGAUCACUAUUACAGAUUCAGAUGGCAAAACCCGACUAGUCAUUGUUGACCGUAAAACAGGCAACCAGUACGACAUUCAGGAUUCCCUGGACAGGGGCGUCAUUCCUAAGAGUGCCUUAGACCAGUAUCGCUCAGGGUCCCUGACACUCACCCAGUUUGCUAAUCUCAUUACGACCAAAUCCAACAGUUCUGAGCUUGCCAUCUGCACCAGCAGUGUAGAAAACAUAGCUACCUACAGUAGCCCCACAGAAGCUUCACCAUCUUCCCCAACAGUCCGCAAGCGUCUCGCUAGCGUUUCUAUCACACUCUCACCUCCAUCUGAUAUACUGGAUGACCAGAGCCCAGUAGCUGCCAUCUUUGACACUGAAACAUUGGAGAAGAUCACAAUUGCUGAAGCGCAGCGCCGUGGAUUAGUAGACUCAAUCUCUGCCCAGCGGCUCCUGGAGGCCCAGGCUUGCACUGGAGGCAUCAUCAAUCCUGCCACUGGCAAGAGGUUGUCUCUACAAGAUGCUGUACACCAGGGUGUAAUUGAUGAGAACAUGGCUGCCAAACUAAAAGCAGCCCAGAAAGCUUAUCUUGGCUUUGAGGAUGUGAAGACCAAAAGGAAGAUGUCUGCUGCAGAGGCAAUGAAAGAGAAGUGGCUGCCAUAUGAGGCUGGUCAGAGAUUCCUGGAAUUCCAGUACUUGACAGGAGGACUGAUGGAGCCAACGACAGGCAAGAGAGUCAACAUUGAGGAAGCCAUUCGAAGAGGCUGGGUAGACGGUAAAGAAGCCCAGAAGCUGCAGGACACAAGGAGCUAUGUAAAGAACCUCACCUGUCCUAAAACCAAGCUGAGAAUCUCAUACAAGGAGGCAAUGGAUAACUGCAUGGUGGAAGAAGAAAAUGGCAUGAAGAUGCUCCAGGCCUCAUCCAUGUCCACGAAGGGCAUCAGCAGCCCUUACAACGUCUCUUCUGGACCUGGCUCCCGCACCGGAUCUCGUGGCAGCUCCAGAACUGGAUCCAGAAGUGGCUCACGCAGAGGCAGUGUGGACUACUCCUCCACAUACAGCUACAGCCUCACCACCACAACCAUCUCUUAACACACGCAAUGCGCAUUAGUAAGUCGCUCUUUCUUAAACAUGACUACUGAUUUCCCACAUAUAUAUCCAGAGGUGUUUUGACUCAAUUAGGGUUUGGGAUCUUAUAUGAAAGUGAAAUGUAUGAUCGUUUACUUAUCAACAUUCACAUUUUCUUUGGGUGAGUAUUACAUAGGGUUUAGUUCUAAACUGCUGGUUUUUGUUUUUCAGUAGACUUUUAAGCGAUAUAGAUAUGGUACUAUCUCUACUGAUUAUAUUAUCCAUUUAUUGCUAAAGAAAUAUGUGUAGGAACAUCAUCAACUUCUUUUCUUCGUUAUUUGAAACUUGAUUUGCUAAUAAAAAUGCCUGAAAUUAGAGAAAAUGAAUUAAUGCUUUUGUAAGGAAUAAUUGGAAGAAUGCAAAUAGUUUGUACUAACCAAAGAAAAUAAAGUCUGUCCUCUUGUUUUUUCCAACAAA